UCGACCAGGAUUACAGCUCCAAAGGGAUUUAGGAUUUCCACUCGCAGCACACAUGUUGCAGUUACAGUUUGUGAGUCGUGCUUCCACGUCUCCUCUACCUGCUUAACACUUUUGCCACUUUCAGAAGACCUCAGCUUUUUCUGCACUCGGCGCUGAUGGAUGAUGAAAAAAGAAAUGAAUGUGCAGAGUGGAGAUAAAUUGCAGAUUUGAAAACAAACUGCUGCUUCUGUUUUUUUUUUUAUGCGGGUCUUUGCAAUGGAGCAAUAUUGAGGAGAUAGCGGUGCAAUAAGCAGGUUUGCUGCAACAACAUUACAGGAUUAUUGACCAACUGUUGAUUCCACACAAACUGUGAAAGGAAGGGGAAGUCUUUCUUUUUUUUUCUCUCUUUGGAAUUUACAUUAAAGAUGGGAAUCAGCCAGCAAGUGAUACGUUUGAUGACAAACAAGGCAUUGAUCGUGCAAUCCCAAUAAAACCCUCCUUGAACACGACUGACGACUGAGUCGAUCAAAUUCAGUCAACUGAGGACUGAAUAUCAGUUAUUUGCAAUGAGUGCUCACAAGAAGAGACACUUUUUGUCCAUCGGCCCAGUUUCAUCGGCCCUGCUGUGUUCAGCUGCUCUGGCCACUGCUGACGUACCUGGACCUCCGGCUAAAGGAGCUUUUAUCUCUGAAGGCUUGAAAGACAAAGAGAAGGAGAAAAAGAAGGUGGUAGCAAAAUGUAACAGCCAGACACAAACAUCUCCAUCCCGUGUGGUGGAGGAGAUCUUCUGGAUAGGCAACAGCAUUGUGGCCUUCUCAAAGUGGAGACUUGGCUAUAUAGUGGAGAAAUGUAUGACCUCCAUGCAGAUGGGUACCCAGAUGGUGAAACUCCGUGGCAGCUCCAAGGGACUGGUGCGGUUCUUCUAUCUGGAUGAACACAAGUCCUGUAUCCGCUGGAGGCCGUCGCGCAAGAAUGAAAAGGCCAAGAUCUCUAUAGAUUCCAUCCGGGAAGUGUGCGAGGGUAAGCAGUCUGAGAUCUUCCAGCGUUAUGCUGAGGGCAGCUUUGACCCCAACUGUUGCUUCAGUUUAUACUACGGAGAGCACAUGGAGUCCCUGGAUCUUGUGUCUGGUACCGGUGAGGAAGCACGAACCUGGAUCACCGGCCUCAAAUACCUGAUGGCUGGCAUCAGUGACGAGGACAGCCUGGCCAAGAGGCAGCGUACCCGAGACCAAUGGCUCAAACAGACUUUCGCAGAGGCUGACAAGAACGGAGAUGGGAGCUUAAGCAUUAGUGAGGUCCUCCAGCUCCUACAUAAACUCAACGUCAACCUACCCCGACAGAAGGUCAAACAGAUGUUCAAGGAAGCGGACACAGAUGACAAGCAAGGAACCCUGGGCUUUGAAGAGUUCUGCUCCUUCUACAAGAUGAUGUCCACUCGCAGAGACCUGUACCUCCUGAUGCUCACAUACAGCAACCACAAAGACCACCUUGACGCUGAUGACCUGACCCGCUUCCUGGAGACGGAGCAGAAGAUGACCAAAGUGAGCAAGGACCACUGCCUGGAGAUUAUCAAGAAGUUUGAGCCAUGUUCGGAGAAUCAGAAGCAAGGAGUUUUAGGAAUUGAUGGGUUUACUAAUUACAUGCGCAGCCCUGCAGGGGAUAUCUUCAACCCAGAUCACUACAACGUGAACCAGGACAUGAGCCAGCCGCUGUGUAACUACUUCAUCGCUUCCUCACACAACACGUACUUGAUGGGAGACCAGCUUAUGUCCCAAUCCAGGGUGGACAUGUAUGCCUGGGUGCUGCAGGCUGGCUGCCGCUGCGUUGAGGUGGACUGCUGGGAUGGUCAAGAUGGUGAACCUAUUGUUCAUCACGGCUACACUCUGACCUCCAAGAUACUCUUCAAAGAUGUUAUUGAAACCAUCAACAAAUAUGCCUUUGUGAAGAAUGACUAUCCGGUUAUCCUGUCCAUAGAAAACCACUGCAGUGUCCCUCAACAAAAGAAGAUGGCCGAGUACCUCAUUGAUAUUCUAGGGGACAAACUGGAUGUUUCGAACAUCAAAGCUGAAGACUCCGGACAGCUACCUUCACCUGAGAACCUGAAGGGAAAGAUUCUUGUUAAGGGUAAAAAAUUGCCACCAAACAUUGACGAGAAUGCCGAGGAGGGAGAUGUGUCAGACGAAGACAGUGCAGACGAGAUGGAGGAUGACUGCAAGUUGAUGAAUGGAGAUAUGUCAGCCAACAGGAAGCAGAUUGAGAACAUGGCCAAGAAAAAGCUAGACAACUUGAUGAAGGAGUCCAAGAUUCGAGACAGAGAAGACCCAGAUAGUUUCACCAUCGCUGCCCUUCCACCUGCUGGAGAUUCCGAUAAGACUGCUUCUAAGGCUAAAGGGCAAGAUGGCGUAGUCACAUCAGAUGAGGCUAACACCAGCAGCAAUAAACGUACAAGCCACUCGUUCAUGGGGAGUUUCUCAAAACACAAGAAAAAAACAAUGAAGCUGAAGAAGACCUCAAGCUUGGAAGACACCGAUACGGACCAAGAGAGCACCAGCAGUGCGUCUCGAGCACCUCUACAUCACAACAAAAAGAAGAAAACAAUGAAGUUAUCCAGAGCUCUGUCUGACCUGGUCAAAUACACAUGCUCGGUGGGCCUCUAUGACAUUGAAGCACAAGCCAACUGCACCUGGCAAGUGUCUUCCCUGAGUGAAACCAAAGCCCACCAGGUGAUGCAGCAAAAAGCCAGCGUGUUCAUCCAUUUUAACCAGCGACAGCUCUCACGCAUCUACCCGUCUUCUUAUCGCGUGGACUCCUCAAACUUCAACCCUCAGCCAUUCUGGAAUGCUGGUUGCCAACUUGUUGCACUCAACUAUCAGUCAGAGGGUCGAGUCCUUCAGCUCAACAGAGCCAAGUUCUACAGCAAUGGCAACUGUGGCUACAUCAUCAAACCCAACUGCAUGUGUGAAGGUGCCUUUAAUCCAAAUUUGGAGGAUCCAAUCCCAGGUCAGAUGAAGAAGCAACUGGUGUUGAAGAUCAUCAGUGGACAGCAGCUGCCUAAACCCAAAGAUUCGAUGCUGGGCGACAGAGGAGAGAUCAUUGAUCCCUUUGUGGAAGUGGAGAUCAUUGGCCUCCCAGUGGACUGCUCCAAGGAGCAAACCCGAGUAGUGGAUGAUAACGGUUUCAACCCGAUGUGGGAGGAGACUCUGGUGUUUACAGUUCACAUGCCAGAGCUGGCCCUUGUGCGUUUCCUCGUGUGGGACCAUGACCCCAUUGGUCAAGAUUUCAUUGGCCAGAGGACUAUUGCCUUCAACAGUAUGAUGCCAGGUUAUCGCCACGUGUACUUAGAAGGUAUGGAGGAGGCUUCCAUCUUUGUUCAUGUAGCUGUGCAUGACAUAACUGGUAAGGCCAGAGCGGUCAGCGGUAUAAAAGGGUUCUUUCACAGAAACCCAAAGCAAGCUUCCCUGGACAGCCAUGCUGUUGCACAGCACAGUCGUAAGCAACCAUUCGGUGCCCACCUCCUGCGGCGCACCGCCAGUGCACCAACCAAAGGUCAGCCCAAAGUCAAGAAGGGCCUUCCUGAGAUCGCCAUCAACACCAAAGACUGUAGCUCAGAGGGCACAAGUGAGGACAGAGAGUCUGAGGACAAGGCCUCUGCUUCCUCUUCUCACCAGCCCACACCACCACAACUCCGCAAUGGAGAUUCACUGGCAUCCCACCAAGCCAAAGGCCCAUGGGAACACCCUGACACCAAUGGGACUUUUCACGCUGAGGGUAAAGACUGUUCCGUAGCACAGAGUCCACCUGCACUGCUUCCAUUUCCUGCACUAAAUCACUCUGGGGAUUCUAAGAACACACACAUCAUCUGCUCUGUCACCAUUCCAGAGGACUGCCUUUCUACACAUCGUCCCUCAUCAUUCCCGCGGUCUCCAAACAGCCCAGUACACACUGAAUCCCAGUUCGCAGUUAAUUCAAAUCAAUUGCUGGACAUUCCAAGUAGAGUGAGUGUAAACAACAAAGAACUCAAUACACUUACUAAAACAAUGCCCCUCUCAGCGAAGUCAGCCGCUGAACAAAGCAUCCUAGGUUCCCAAACCCAAAGUACUAACUUGACCUUUGAGCACACCCAAAACCAGAGGGAACACCUUGAAACUCGAACAGACAAGAAAAAUAACAAAAACCAUGCACUGGAGAUUUCUGAAGCUCGUCCAGUCCUUGCACAACAAACAACCAAGGCCCAGAGAGCGAUCGGCACUUUGUCAUCACACAUACCAGUAAGAAGAACGAAGAGCGCGGGCCAUGUUCAAGCAGCUGCAGACUCAAGGGCUCAAUCCGUUCCUGAAGUAUGCACAGAUGCUACCACGACCGACCGCCUUUGGAGCAAGCUUGAGCCGGUCAGCCAUAGAGACAGUAUGUCCUCCUCCUCUAGCAUUUCUUCAAGUGACACGGUCAUUGACGUUUCCCAAAGCAACCUGGCCAAAAAGAGUCUUAUUGGAACAAGCGUCACCUGUGACCCCCCCUGUGCCAGCUGCCACCAUUCAGCAUUCGUUUCCUUCGACAGACUUCAAGUUAACAGAAGCAAAUCAAACCCCAAUCUUCAACAGCGUGACUGUUCCACAGAUCACCUGGAAUCGCCUGUAGACCGAACCAACAGACUUACUCAAAGAAGGCACACUUGGAGCAGACUCUUCAUGGAAGGGCUUAAGCAGUCAUCAGCCAGCAGGCCGCCAUCAGCAUCUCCAUCCAGAACGCCAGUGUCCAUAUCCAAAAGCCUUGGGGACCUUACAUCAGAUGAUAUUUCCUGUAACUUUGACAGCAAGUACCGCAGCAUCAGCCGUAGCUUCAUUGUUAGACCAACCAGGGAUCAGCUACUAAAGGGCAGCUUGGCAAAAACUCACCCUAGCAAUGACCUGACAGAGCAGCUACGGAAGCUGACCGAUGUGGAGCCCCUGAAUGCGAGUGACUUUGCACCUGAAAAUAGACUGAGAGAAUCUGAAGAGGAAUCUGUAGAAGAGCAUCUCAUUAGGAGAACAUCCUCCAGGAGCCAAAGUAGGGUGCGUUAUAUUGCAAACCGGGCCAAGAAGGCCCAAGAAAGGCAAAGGCUGCAGAGCUUGAUGCAAGGCAAUACGAGCUUCGGCCGUACCAAUAACAUGGGCGGAAGCAGUGGUUGCCCCAUUGAGGAGCGGGGGAAUCCUGAAGGAGCGUGUUGCAUAGCUGGAAGUCCCUGUGCUAGCCCAAACAUGCUAUGUCCAGCCACAUAUUUAGGAUCCCCCUUAAGACCGUCCCCUCCCUCCAAAAGCCCUGCAAACAGUGACGUCCAUUUUAUGCUUAGACUUUAAGUGGAGUGGCAGGUUUGAGUAAGUAAAGUCCCUUUUUUUGUUGUUUUUUUCCCAAGAAAAACUAUUUUAUUCUUCAGAAAUUAUAGCAUAGUUCAGCAGAAUAUUUCACAGAGGACCGGAGUCAUAAAAAUGAUCCUGAAAAACAUUUCUUCUCAAGGCAACUUAGCCAGCCCUGUAAAUUUGUUAGAUACAAUGUAUUGAAAGAAAAUUGCCAUUUUUAAUGUUGACUAUGAUCUAAUGUUAUGUUGAAGUAUUUUAGGAUUUACGGCAUUCAGUAGCAGUUUGAACCCUGUAAUUGUAUAAUCAUAGUUUAAAUAAAUUAAAAACAAAAUAUCAAGAUAUUAUUUUUAGCCCAUCCAUUAAGCAAUAUACGAGUGAUGGCAUUGUUAUGUGCAAAAUAAUGUGCAGUUUUAUGCUAAAAGAUGAGCUUUCCUGAGAAAAUGAACUCUCCCCACAAUGCAAGGUAAACGUUUUAAUUCAUAUACUGCUUUGUGUAGUGCUUACAUGUAAAAUGCAACCGAGCUGCCAAUCGUCUGCGAAUGAUACUGAUCUGCAGCAUGUCACAGCACUGACAGAACUACUAGUAGUUCUUCUUUUCGGAAUAUUUUAGUUGACUGCAUGUGUUAUAUGCACUGUAUUUACCCCUUGACUGGGUUUUAUUUUACUAACUCUUUUAUAUCAACAUGUUCAAUGUAACAACCUGUUUUGUAGGAUGGUUUGAUGGUGCUCCUAAGAGCGUCACAGUGUAGUUUUUAUGUUCUCAGUAGUCCAUGGUACUAAAAACAAAACAAAGCACGUUUGUCAGCCUGCUGCAUUGUUUGUACUGCCAUGCCAGAUGUUUGUGCAAAAAAAAAGAGAGACGAUAUUUAAACAAAAAUGUGUAAUUAUGACUUUAAUAAAUUC